AUGGCCAACAUAACCAAUAUAGGAAGCGCGUCAGCAUUCUGCUGCUCCAUUCUGUCCCUCCUGCUCCCAGACAAGAUCACUUUCCCGGGCAAUGAAACCUACGCGGCCUCUCUCACUUCCUAUUACUCCGCUCAGGAAAACAGCGUCAGCCCAGCGUGCAUUGCAUCUCCGCAAAGCGCCGAAGAUGUCUCGAAGAUUGUGCACACGCUAACCACCGCUGUGAAUACCAAUGCUAGUAAUAGCUGCCCAUUCGCCAUCCGGUCAGGCGGCCACACGAGCUAUGCUGGCUCCGCGAACGUCCAAGAUGGAGUCACGAUUGAUAUGCGAGGUGUGGAUGGCGUGCAAUUAAACAGUGACAAGUCCGUUGUCUCGGUCGGUGCGGGUGCGAGCUGGGGCAGCGUAUACGAAUAUCUCGAUCCUUACAACCUCAGCGUAGCCGGCGCGAGAGAUUCGACGGUCGGGGUAGGUGGUCUUAUCACCGGUGGAGGCAUCUCCUAUUUCGGACCUCGCUACGGCUGGGCGUGCGACAAGGUGCUCAACUACGUCGUCGUUCUCGCGAACGGAUCAAUCGUCAAUGCUAACAAGUACGAGAACCCGGGGCUGCUAUGGGCGCUACGCGGCGGCUCGAACAACUUUGGCAUCGUGGUUCGUGUAGAUCUACAGACUUUCGCGCAGGGAGAGAUCUGGGGAGGGGUUGUGUUCUACGACUUCUCGACUAUGGAUGAACAGAUCGAGGCUAUAGCUGCGUUCAGCCGCAACGAUACCUACGAUGAGUUUUCUUCGCUGGUGCCCAGUUUUGGGUAUUUUAAUGGCAGCUCGUUUAUCGUCAACAGCUUGGAGUAUACGAAACCGGUCGUGAACCCACCGGCUUUCCAGAAAUUGAUGAGCAUACCGUCCUUGGGGAACACAAUGCGUCUUACCAAUAUCUCAAAUCUGGUCGGCGAGGCGGAGAGUCUACAGAUGAAUGGGCUACGGAGUGCGUCUGCCGCCGUGACCAUAGAUUCAUCGGUUGAAGCACUGAGAGCAACCGUGGGAGCCUGGAACGCCAGCGUCUCCUCCGUCAAAGACAUCACCGGCAUAGUAUGGGCGCUUGCCAUGGACCCCCUCCCGCCUGCCAUGUAUAGUCAACACGCUGCAACGAACGCUCUCGGCUUGACGAGCCGAGAAGGCAAAUCCUUGAUCAUAGUCAACUUGCGUGUUACCUGGAUUAACGCAGAUGAUGACGCCAGGGUGGACGGCGAGAUGAAACAGCUCAUAGCGACUAUGGAGCGAGAGGUUGGUUAUAUUGGGUCUCUGGAUCCGUUUGUGUAUUUGAACUACGCCGCGCCGUGGCAGAAGCCCAUUUCUAGCUAUGGACAGACGAGUAUGCAGAGGUUGACCAGAAUUCGUCAGGAGUACGAUCCACGACGGGUGUUUACAAAUAUUGUGUCCGGCGGAUUCAAAAUUUGGAAUUAA